AUGGCUCCGCAACCGCCUCAAGACGAAGAGCAACAGCCUCUGCUUACCAGUGGCAGCCAUGACUCUGCUACUCUCAAGUCCUACGACACUGCCGUAUCCACCUCCUCAUCUUCAGGAGACCAUGGCAAUGAUGAUGACGCUGUAUGGGAACCCCUCGCAGCAUCCUCCUCGUUGGAACUGCCAGAACACGAGCAACACUCUUCCGGCCCCAAGACUACUGGUGGCGGCUACAGUAGUAUGAUUACCAAGGGACACGUCCUUCUCUUGAUUGUGGCCAUUCUCUAUGGAAGUCUAAAUGUCGCGCUGCGUGGCGUCUACGCUCAACCAGAUCCUCCCAAGGCCAGUGCUCUUAGUACCAUUCGUGGUUGGAUGGCCGUCCUCUGCUUUGCACCCUUUCUCCUUCAUCAGCGUCAUCAACCACAACAACCACAACAACCCACUUCUACUGCUACUAGCAAUUCCAACAACAACAAUGGCCUCUGGAAAGUGGCCUUGGAAUUGGCCAUUUGGAAUUUUGGGGCACAGGCACUGGUCAAUGUCGGAUUGUUGUACAUUCCAUCGGCGCGAGCGGCCUUUUUCACACAACUCAGCGUCGUCAUGACACCGGGAUUGUCCGCUUUGGCGGGUCAUAAACUCCAUCGCAACGUGGGCAUGGCAUGCGUCUUUGCUUUGAUUGGCUUGGUUUUGCUCUGCAAACAACACAACAGUGACAGCGACAAUGAUAGUCCAGGAUCCUUCACAUUGGGCUUUGGGGAUAUUCUGACACUGUGCGGGGCGCUCAGUUGGUCCACCUACAUUUAUCGACUCUCCGCCGUUGGAGGGCACUACAAUGACGUCCAUUUGCAGGCAUUGAAAAAUAUCAUGUUGGCCAGUCUCUACACCAUCUGGUGUCUCGUCGAGUUUUUUUGGACUGGAGGAGAAAAUCCGUGGAUGGGAUGGUCCUCCAGCAUCCUGGCAUGGGUGUUUUUAUUCUACAGUGCCUUGGGGCCGGGAUGUGUUGCCGAUGUCUUGCAACAGCAGGGACAAGCUACCGUGACGGCCACUGUUUCCAAUAUCAUUCUCUCUUUGGAACCAGUCUUUACCGCCAUUUUUGCACGACUCUUGUUGGGAGAGUACACCUCGGGAAUGGAAAAACUGGGAGGAUGCAUGAUUCUCUUGGCGGCCAUUGUUGCCACGUUGGGACAAGAAGAGUGA